UGUUAAAAGACUCAGCAUCAUCAUACUGCUUGGUGUCACUGCCAUCAUUAUUUCAAUAUGCAGGAAAAAACAUCUAAGCAUACAACACAUUUUUAUUUUAUUAUACAUAUAUAUGUAUUUUAUUCAACAUAAAAAAUAUUAUGGUGAAUACACCAACUUGUUUCAUUUGUACUUUUGCCUAAACCAAGGCAUUAAACAUAUGCAUCAUCGUUCCAAAAGCAUUCAUUGUGUUUUUUAACAAAACAAGAAACAUUUUUGAAACAUUUCAAACAUUUGUAUUUCUGUAACAGCAUGAAUGUCUGCUUUAGAUUUGCAGUCCUGUCCUAAAAAUUAGACUCUUAUCAUCCCUGUAAACAACCAUUAAUCAUCGUGACACAUUCUGCAUGCCUUUUGAUCUGGAAAUCAUGGAAUCUAUCUGAGGGCUAUCAUUAUUAAUUCAAAUUGGAGGUCAAGAAGACUGAAAGUACGAGUGAACCCUGAUGAAUUCCCAAGAGAGGGAUAUUGGAGGGAAUCCAAUGAAAAGAAAUCAUGUGGCUGAAUAAAUGUAAUCAACACUAAAAAGCAGAUGUGGUAUGAAAAUUAUGUACAAAAGUGGUCUUUGUUUUCUUUUAGUUAAUUAAACAUGCAGGAGGAUGCAAAGUAUUCCUUCUGUACAAAUGAAUGUGGUGAGAUAUGGUGCUAAGGCGUGUUUGUGGCUAGAAAAAAAGCACAUGGAAGUUACAUCCAGUUGGAUAAGCUUCACCCUGACCUUCAGACUAUCCAUUCCAGUGCUGCCCUCUGUCUUCUCAACAAGUAAAGCUGGUGUGCACAACACAGGUUAUGUUUAGAUUUCUACUUUAAUGCCUGUUUUCUAAGUGAAGCAAAUAGACGCCUGGAUAUUAAUAUUGAAACUUUGACUUGAGAUUUAUUUUUGAAAUGUACUGUUUAAGUUUGAAAGUUAUGUACAUAUUGUAAAUAGUGUUGGGUUGUCACUACUGAUAUCUGGCAAGGCAUAAUGCAAAUGUUAAUUGUAUCAAUACUUUUACUAUACAAAAAUAUGAAUGUGAGGAGCUUUACUGCUGCCUGUAGGUGCCACUAUUCAUUUGAUAAUUUCCGUCAAAUCAGUCAUUUACAAUGGCUUUUUGAGGAGCAGAACUGUGCCAAAGUGUUUGUUGCACUAGCUUUUCUCUGUUGUUUUAAGCACAAUUAAAGAAGCUGGACCCGUGCGUUCCCAGUUACUCGUGUUUCCCUGGGCAUAUCUAGUUUUGUUGUGACAAAUUUCAAAAUGUCUCAAAAGAAAAGACGGGUUCAGAGUAGCUAGUCAAAUGCAGUCGUGACUGUAAAGCAAAACAAAAUUAAAGCAGAAAAUCUCAGUUUCAGUUUACUCAAAUCAAGUUAGAUUUUCUUAGAAUGUUUCAAAGAGCAUGCAAAGCAGAGGGGGCAAGCCAAAACAGGAUUUGGACGAGGUCAGAAAACGGGCAGAAUAGAAACAGAGGGAAAGCAGAGGCUGUCAACAAAUACCUGGCUUAUAUGCUCAGAGGUAAACCUGAGGCUGUCAACAGGUUUAACUCCACCAAGACAAGUGGCAGAACAGAAACUGCUUUCCUAUACAAAUCAAACUAGAUACAUGUACAUUUUAUUGCCUUAGAUACGGUGUAAUCUCGGAAGCAUUUGUUUCCCUCCUCUCACGCAGUUCCUAAUUUUUACUUGGCCUGUGCUGGGGAAAGGUAAAAAGCCAUUAAGACUGAUUAGGAACAUUGAUAUAGGUUGCUGGGAGUUAUGACAGAUCAGAUGAUUCAUCUGGCAGGAAAUGCAGGGAAAGGGGGAGUGGAAGAAAAAGCAGAACGAUUACCUUCAACAGGAGAAUUGCCUCAUCUUCAAAAGUACACAUGUAGUCAACACUGUAUGCCUAAUAAACAAUAAAAAAAUGUUGUUUUGCUAAUAGUUUUUUAUUUUUAACUUUGUGCUAACUGUUAGCACUGUCUCUACAAAGUGUUGUUUAUUUUCAACAGCAUUUAAUAAUCAUAUUAUACCCAUCUACCUUUCUAAUGGGUUUCCAUGUCUCUAAUGUUACAACCACAUAAUUGAAUGUGUUUUGUUAGGAUUUUAUGCCAAUUGUGCAGAAUUCUGAAGUUGAUAGAUAUGGAUGUGACGUUUACUCUUUGUAUCCCAAUUAAACCUGGGAAAGCAUGGUGUGCAUUUGAAUUAAAUUCCCUUAACCCACUAUUUUAGAGAAGCAGAACCAGCAGCAAGGUUUUCCAACAACAAACAUCAGUAGAUUGGAAAUGUGAUUGCUUCUGCCUUGAACAAUAGCACAAACAGGCCAAAUUGGGCAGAGAACAUCUGUAAGGAACAAGUUUUUUUUUUAACGUGUCCUGUCCCGCAGUGUGGCUCUCAGAAUUGUUGUCUGAAUGCCAAGAUGAAUCUCAACAGACUUACUUUCACAGCCGGAGCUCUAUGGUUUUCUCUCCACUUGCAUUGUUAGAAAUUGCAUUGGGUUUAUUUCAAAUGUAAAGGACAUACAGAUUGAAGAGAAAGGGGACAAAAGCUUAAAGAAAAACAAGCAGAUAAGAUUAGAAGAAAGAACAGCUAGAGUACUAGUACUACAAAAUGUAUAGUGAUAAUCGCAGCCAAUCAGAAAAUAGCUAAAUCACCUGUGGGAGCAUCUGUACAUAUGAGAGAAAGAGAGGAUGCUUGUGUCUAUAAGGUUUCUCCAUAAGAAUGUUCGAUAGAAGGUGUGAGGAGCCAUAAACCCGUCCCUGGUACACAAAGCAGACAUGGGGGAGAUCGGAGCCCCAGGCCUCCAUAGGCCUAUGAGGUUUUAGGCACAUUUUACCACAUUCAUAUGCUUCCAGACCGGUUCUGCUCCAAUGCAGCACAUCUUCCUUUAAAUUGGUAACUUCUACAUGUUGCAGUAAAGCAACAUGGUACUCCAAAUUCUGCUCUCUAAUCCUCAAAUGCUCAAUCAUUAAUACAUCAGGCUAUUUACCUCUGAAUUCCUUCAUUAUUAAUUAUUAAGAUCAAAUCAGUCAAAUCUGUUAAUUACUGAAAGCUUAGUCCCCAGGGUGAAUGAAUCACUUUGAUGAUUUUAAACCUUAAAGAGUAACAAAAAAAAAUAACUUUUGAAAAAUGUAAAGGAGCGAAUACUCUUUUACAGCACUGUGGGUCACAAAUACCACAAGAAAAUGCUCUUCCUGGUAUUGCACAAUGAUGUGUUAAUAAGGCUCCAGUCACCAGUCACUACCUUCCUUUAUUUCUUGCAUUACUCAUCACAUCCCCAAGUCAAGAGUAAAAUCUUUUUGCACAACAUUUACCAGCAAUGAUGAGCGUAAUAUAUAUAUUUUUUUGAUUAGUCAGUUUUCCAGGUAAACACCCCAAUAAGAAUUGAAAAAAGAAGCUUGGAUCAGGUGAAAACUGGUUUUCUGGGUGUUUAUGAAGGUUUAUGUUUUAUGUUGAGCAACAAGUUAAAAGACCCGCAUUUCCAUUUCAAGAGAAGGUGGGGAAAAACGUCUGCAGCGGUUUCAGCUUUCAUUGUUCUAAGUAUCAGGUGUACUUUGAACAGGCUUGUGUUUGGCUAAAACUACUCCUGCGCAGGAUGGGUGGGGUGAAGGGAUGUGUGUCUGAGCAGACAAGGUGAAGUCUCCUGUUCGGAUUCAUGCUCAGGCAAAGAGCGGACUUGAAUGGAAUCCUGUCGCUGUGACUCUGUACGGUAUACUCAGGGAUAUUUGACUCUUUGGAAAUAACAGCUUGGAAAACUUGUGAGUAUACAAUGGAGACAAGCAGUGACACCACAAAAAUUCUUGGAAAGGGUCUGGAAUACCUUCGGAAGCAAAUGGAACGGGAAGGUGAGACAAAGGGACGUAUGAGUGCCGUGGAAAGGCUUGCUGCGAGUAAACCAAAGUACGUCAAAAGUCAGCAAGUGGUCAACUCUACCCAGGAGCCAGUGAUCAGUCUUGGUUCAGCAUCUUUGAGUAGCACCGGGUCUUCAAGCCAAAGCAUAAACCGCAAUGGAAAUCUUGUCUCUGGGAGUACCUCACCAGUGAAUAAAGAUGUUCCACAACUCUGUUUACCGGGACAACAACAUCGGCCCACUGUCAAAAAAAGACCAGACUCUAUUCUGCUUUACAGGCAGAAAUGUGACUUACUUCGAGGAUCAGCACUCAAGAACCGAAGGCACCCCAUAACUAGAAAGCCGCCACUCAAUUCUGGGGAUAAACAUGUUCUGGCUGCUGACAGGGAAUGUGAUCAUGAAGGCAGCGAGGAAAAAAUCAGCACACCUGAAGGAAAAGCAAAGGAAUGUAGCAUCGGUGUAGUUAUUUCUCAGUUGGACAACAAGUCUAAUGGAGCAACAGAGGAAAACAGCGAAAAGCCAACAGCUGGUGGUCUUCUUGCAGUUCCUGACAUUGAGAGGACGACUGGCAAGGGAGUGAGCCGUUCCCACUCGGAUAUCAGCUCCAGAUACUCUAAAAACUUUGCAGACUUUGAUGCAUUUUUCAAGUACUGCGGCCUGGACGGUGAGAUGAUUGAGACCUUGGGGAGGGAGAACUUCUCGGCACGCUCUGAAGAGAUUGUGAUAAACAUUAGGAGCGUCAGCAUCUCCACAUCCGACGAUGGUUUCUCAAGAGAUAGCGGUGACAGCGAUGGGCUUCUUCAGGACGAGCUGCACAAAAAAAUACAGCAAGGCACGUCGGUAAUUGAGCGCAAUGCGCGUAUCAUCAAGUGGCUGUACAGCUGCAAAAAUGCUUCGGAUGCUGGAAAGACGUUACGGGACCUUGACUGAAUGUUACAUAAAAGUUACAGAUUUUUUUGGUGGAACCUAAUAUGAUUGUGACUGACUUCCAGUUCUUGCAUUCCGGACAGUAAAUAUCACCAACUGAUGGAUUCAAGAUUGUGGCAACAUGUGUUGCUGCCACGUUGUCCAAAAUUGUAUCUUGAGCACAAUGUGACUGACGUAUGUGAAAACGUAUAAGAAGUUGGAGAUGUUGUUGUACAAACUUUUUUUCUGUCUUGAGAUUAACUCAACUGACAAUUUUGCAAAUUAUAGCUAUAUUGAACAGUUGUGAAAAUGCCUUUAUCAUACCACUUGGAAGAAUUGUGGUAGAGAGUAUAGGGCUAAAAGUCCACUAAGCUCAGCUGUGGUUUAGAGUAAUUACCGUGUACCUUGUCAUAAUCUUCUAAUAAACCACAUUAUGCAUUUAAAA